CGCCACACCUGUUCGCGUUUGCGCCAAGCGCGUUCUCUGGUAGUAUACAGAUUCCUGCGGAAUUCGCGGCCGUGACUAUCUAGCUCCUGCAGUUCAAUGCUCGCGAAAAUACACCCCUGUUCAUAAUCGAGACUUCCCGCCUCUUAUUUGACACGCUGCGGUCGGACGCGCUCCUUGUGAUUGAUUGCCCAGGCACUUCCGUUUGAUUGUCGGCAUAGGAUGAGCGCAAAACGCAGGGUCGCUUCCUUAGGCUCGUUGGAGCUAUCAACGAAUGGGCCGAAGCGACGAAAAGUAUCGGGUGAAGAGACCAAUGAUGUUGAGACUCCCCAAACGACGACGGAGGCUGGGUUGAAAGUUUUAGCCCAUAUCAAACAAUCUACUGACAAGAAUGGACGGCUCAUUGCCACCCACUUUCUCAACCUACCUGACAAGAAACGUCACGCCGACUACUACAAAGUUACAACACUCCCAAUUGCCCUUGAAACUGUGGAGGCCAAGUUGAACAAUCAUGAAUACCCCAAUCUCUCUGCGGUAGAGGGUGACCUCAAACGGAUGAUCACUAAUGCAAAAAGAUACAAUGAUAAGAAUUCUGUGAUUUUUGCAGAUGCAGAACGUGUCCGAAAGAUGCUGUCAAAUACUAUGCCAAAAAUUAACCCGGCCUACAAAGAUCCCAAGUACGUUGCGGUCCCGACUCCGCUUCCUGAGGAAGUUUCUCAGCACGACGAACCUGCACACGUCGACAGUGAUAAUGACCAAGGCGCCGAAGACGAUGCCUCUCCCGAAGUAGCUGAAGGUGAUAACCAACAGUCUGAAAGUUUUGUUGGCGAUGGUAUACAACAAGCUCAGGAUAAAAUAAUAUCCGAAAUGAUACGCCUGAAAGAUGACGAAGGAAGAGAAGUAGGCUCUCCAUUUAUCAAUAAACCGGAUCGAGCUUUAUACAAAGACUACUAUGAAAUUAUACAGCAUCCGGUGUCGUUACGGAGCAUUUUGAAGCAAGUUCGGGGGAUUGAAGGGAGAAAACCACACAGCCGAAAAACCGCGUUUCCAACUUGGAAACUUUUUUCAAGUGAGGUCCAAUUUGUUUGGCGUAAUGCGCGGGAAUUCAAUGAAGACGACAGCGAAAUAGUGAUCUUUGCUAAUUACCUGGAGAAUUACUUCAAUGGCCGUGUUGCUGAAGCUAAAAGUGUUGUACCUGAUUCUAAAGAAGUAGACGCUAAUGAUGCCAACCCGCGCAUCAAGUUAAAAUUAGGCUCAAGCAAAACACCGGAGCCCUCUGCUCAGAAACUGAAGUUGAAAUUUCCGGGCCAAAGACCGUCUUCAGCUGAAGAGAAGACGCAUGCAUCAGAUUCUAUUGACAGUGAUUCUGCUCACGACCAACAAGAUCUAGCUCCCGCUACAUCACCGGCUACAAGGGGCGUACCUCGCUCGACACUUGCCCAGUCGAUGCUCGAUGCUUCCAACUUGGACAGCCGUCUACCUAUACCAUCCCGGGACGAAAGUCCAAUGUUUGCCAACUCUACACCUCAGUCGCUACCACUGGCCAACGCAAAUACGUUACAUCCAUCGACAAGCUUUAGCAAUGCUUGGCCACAUUUGAUGAAGCCUUUAGCCCAGAAUCAACCUAGCCAUUCAUCUGUCGAAUCUAUCUUGCGGGAGCCAAAUCAAGAAAUCUCAGACGCUUUGAUAAAGGAACUAGCUAUUAAAACUCACCCAAGUCUUGGUCUUCAAAACAACUUCAGCUUGAAUAUACCAGCUUCCGCGGUGGUGCGACAGCAGUCAUUCGUCAUUAAUCUUCCUGUGUCCCACAACUUGUUGUCGUUAUCUCUCAAAACCGUCGGCAAUACACCGGAAAGACGGACUCGACUAGUAGCUCUAGCUGGGCCUCACAGAACCCCCCUUGCUCCGCAGGCUUACUCGGUUUCGACAAAUCCGAUUUACGACAUAAGGUUGUCUCCUGGUCUGACCAAGAUAGAUUUCCAAAUUAUCUCACAACGUUUGACCGACCAAGAGCCAGGCCAUACCAGUGAGCCUAAAAAGGAGUUCGAGCGGUUGACUGUGUUUUUCAGGCUGUUACAUUAAAGAAGCUUUGGGGUGACAUCAAAAUUGAGAUUUCCAAAACUGUUGACCGUGGAGGUGUAUGACUGUAUGUAAAUUAUAUAUUUAGCAAAACUAUAGGCAAGGUCCAAGUUUUCUUUGGA